GAUAAAUAUAUAUGACAACAAAGGUCAAUGUAAUCGUAUUUGACGAGAUAUCAGAGCAGUAAGGAAACCUAUGUGAUAAGAGUAUAAUUUUGUAGGACAGGAGAUAAAAUAUCUACGAAGUUAGAGAGAUCUGUAAAAUAAGUGUGAUUUUCGUUAAAAAGCGAUUUUAACUAAAGGAAAUUCCACUGAAAUGUUUGAAACAAGACACAGACAAAGUCUCUUUCAGACAUGCUUUGUCUGUUUAUUUUUCACAAUUCCAGUAUAUGGACGAACUGUCAUUGUAUCAACCAAAGUCGGUAAAAUUUCAGGAUACACUAAAGAUUUACAAGCUGACGGAAAAGCAAAGACUAUCUCAAAGUUUAUGGGAAUUCCAUUCGCAGAGACAACUGCUGGGCAGAACCGUUUCCUAAAGCCGAUCCCAAAGGCGCCCUUCAACAAUACCUUUGAUGCUACAGGUGGUCCAAUAGGAUGCAUACAAAGCUCCAAUAAGGCAGCACAGAGAAUAUCUAAGAUUACAAAUUUUUCGGAGGACUGUUUGAAUUUGAACGUGUACGUACCACAUGACUUUACAACAAAUGUGAGCCUUCCGGUGAUGAUAUGGAUAUACGGAGGAGGGUUUAACGACGGGGCUUCGGCACUUUACCGAGCGGACGUGUUAACUGCAUUUACAAAUGUAAUAGUCGUCACAAUUAACUACAGGCUUGGGAUGUUUGGUUUCCUUCAAAGUGAUGAUGGUAAACUUCCUGGAAACCAAGGCCUUUGGGAUCAACACCUGGCAAUCAAAUGGGUCCAUGAUAACAUUGCACCAUUUACAGGAAAUCCAGGCCAGGUGACCAUUUUCGGUGAAUCCGCGUGCGGGGCAUCUGUCUUGUUCCAGGCUCUGUAUCCAGGAAAUAAAGAAUAUUUCCAGAGAGUUAUAGCAGAAAGUGGAUCUCCACUCGCAAACUGGGCAACAAUUCAAGAACCAAACGCAAAGCUGUUCGCGAAAAGUGUGGGAUGUGACAGAAGUUCAAAUUGGGUUGCAUGUAUUAGAUCAAAAUCGACAUCCCAGCUCCAAAUACCAAGAACAGCGUCUAAUGCACUGCAUUUUCGUCCAGCAGUUGAUGGCGACUUUGUCGCGGAGAUACCAGAAGAUAUUCUCUAUGGAAAUAAUUCAAAAUCAUCAGCAGCACGAGAGUUUUAUUCCUCACUUGAUAUUCUCUCAGGUGUAAAUAAUAAAGAUGGUGCGUUAUUGAUGCUCGCAUUAUGGCCAAGAGUUCUGGGAUACUCUGAUUUAAACAGUCCAAAGAUCACACGUGACCAGCUAAAUAAUAUAGUCGUACCGCAUACGAUAGAUGAUAUUUUAUUACCAAAGGACAACCGUACAAGAGAUAUUCUCCAAAAACUUUUGAUUUUUGAAUACACAAAUUGGACGGAUCCUGAUUCGUUCGAGUCAACAAGAACCAGCACAGUGAGCCUAUCGAGUGAUGCUGGUUUCUUUUCGCCAGCUAUACGUGCAGCACAGGCUCAUGCUAUGGCGCAGAAUGGAAAGACAUAUUUCUACGAGUUUAGUGUUCCGAUAAAGAACCAUGACAUUAAAGAAACACCUUCCUGGAUUAUAGGUUCUAACCAUGCAGACGAAUUAAGGUUUGUGUUGUGUGAACCAUUAUUUGGCAGCAACGAAAGCACUUUCACCGAGGACGAUAAACGGGUGUCUCGAGCGGUUGCCACGUUGUGGUCAAAUUUCGCAAAAUCUGGGAAUCCAAACACACCGGAAGACGCUACGAAAUACAUUCAUGCCACGUGGCCAGAAUACACAAUGACGUCACAGAAGUACUUCCAAAUAUCUUACCAAAUGUCGCUGUUCUCCGUCAAAGACUAUUUUUAUGCAAAGAGAAUGUCUUUGUGGUCUGAAUUAAUUCCAAAGAUAAGAAAAAUUGUCAUUAACGACAAUGUGCAUAUACCUCACUUUGAUUUAUCCGGAAUUAUUUUUGGUAAAUGAAUGUGUAACCUGACACGUUAUUAAUUUUUUAUCCAUUCAGUAUGAACAGAAUUUAACACAUCCGGAUACUUCAUUUACAAAGGAGGAAUUCAAGUGUUAUUUGGGCUGCUUAAUUUUGAUCUAAAAAGAGGAACAAUCACGGUCAACGCAAUGAAUAAAAAAUAUUUAAAAUAACUAAAAAUGAAGUUACUUGUUUUAUUACAAUGUCGGUGACUCGGAUCGCAACAUUGAUGGCAAAGUGGGAGAGGGGAUGGGCAACCCCAAGUUAUUGUUUGUUUUGUUGUUGUUGUUUUUUUCACCACUUGAAAUGCAUACAUUUGACAAAAGGUCCUAUAUUACCUUACCGAUGGAUUAUUUGACCAUAUUCGCAAAGAUAAUUUUCAGUGCUCUAUAUGUAACUUGGGCUUACCAUACUGAGAUAUUGAAUUGGUCCUAUGGAGAGACGGAAGUUCAUUUUCAUGGUUUUAUAGUUAAUAAAUCAGAGAAAUGUAGAUGAAUGAUAAUGAUUUCAAACAAAUACCUCCGAAAUGUUCCAGACUGUGCAAUGUUUGUCCAUUCUAUUUAAGAGAUGAGGGUGAGCAUGCUCAGAGACCUUUGGCAGGCCUACAACUUCAAAAUUCUCAGCCACGCCCCUGUACAGUGAAUAAGCACUUCUCAACGCUGAUUUGUUUAUUGGGUGUUACAAAUGCAAUAUUCAUAAAAGAAUCAUUAAAACCUAAGUCCAAAACAGGUCUGGAGUUAUUUAGAACUGUAGAUGUAAGUGACGUGUUUUGAAAGCAGGUCGGUAUAUAUCAACCAGAUGAAAUUCCCCAAUUUACGUAAUUCGAAUGAUUAUAUCUCAGCAUGUGUACCGAGAUAAAAUACGUAUAUAUAGAUCUUACAGCUCACAUAAACUGCAGAAGCACUAAAACCAUUUCCAGGUAUGUCCAAAAUUGGAAGUUACGAUUUCGACCACCAUUCACAAAGUUGUCACAAUAACCUCUCAAGUUGCUGUUUUGCAAUUCAGCACUUUUUUGCGCGGAAUGCGACCACCUGUAUGUCCUUGGCAUGUUUAGAUCGACAUACUGCAAGUUUUAAAUCCCAUCAACUACGUUGUUUCUAGCAAUUCAGGAUAGCUCACUUGACUGUGGUAAAAACAGGUAAAUUCACUCUGUCAGUGUUUGACGAGCAUAGCUGAAAUCAAAUCAAUCUUAUUACGUCUUUUUAAUAUAAUAUGUGACCGAUUAUUUAAGAUAAAAUUGUACUUUUUACCAUGUAAUUACACUUUUUUUUCGCAUAAAACUCUAUGGAACGCAUAAGCUGCCUUUUGUUUGGACAUUUCAUAUCUAUUACAUCACGGACAGGCACCAAAGUAGAAUCACCGACCUUCCGUAAGCCAGCUGGAUGACUUCCUCACAUGAAGAAUUCAACACACCGAUUGGGGCUUGAACCCACAUCGAUGAGGGGCAAGUUAUUUGAAGUCAGCGACCUUAACCACUCUGCCAUUGAGGCCCCUUAUUAUGUCAAAGUGUGAUGCAUGUUAACUUGUCAGAACAGUGUCUUAUUAUGUUAAAAAGCUAUGUUUUUAUGUCAAAAUGUGGUGUUAACAUGUCGAAACAGUGUCUUGUUAUGUUAACUAGCCGUGCGGAUAUCUUGUCAAAGUGUGAUGUUAACUUGUCCAAAUAGUGACUUAUUAUGUCAAAAAGCUGUUUUCAUGUUAAAGUGAGAUGUUAACGUGCCCAAAUAGCGAUCGAUUUAAGUUAUCUACCUAUGUUGACAUGUCAAAGAGUGAUCUUGUGCAAAUCGUGUUAUUAUGUUAAAAAGCUACGUUAUCUUGUUAAAGUAUCAUGUGAUUUUGUCUACCGAGCGUGCUAUUAUGUUAAAAAGUUAUGUUAUUUUGUUAAAGUCUCUGAUCUUGUCUACGGAGCGCUCUAUCGUGUAAAAAAUUAGUUAUAACUUGUCAAAAUAGUGUCUUAUUAUGUUAACGAGGCAUAUGUUAUUAUGUCAAAGUGUGGUGUAAGCUUGUCGAAACAGUGUCUUAUUAUGUUGUCAAAAUACUGAGUUAUCUGUUAUCUGUGUACCAAGCGUGCUAUUAUAUUGCAAAAGCUGUUAUCUUUUUAAAACAGCUUGUUAACUUGUCAAAAAGGCGUUUGAUUGUUAUGAUGCUAUGUUAUUAUGUCAAAGUGUGAUAUUAACUUGUCCAAGUAGUGUCUUAUUAUGUUAACAAGCCAUAUUAUCAUGCUGUAAACUGUAGUUUUAAAUUGUCAAAACAGUGCUUUAUUAUGUUAAAAAGAAAUGUUAUCAUGCCAAA